UGACGGUCAUUAAAGAAAAUUCGCCGGGUCGAGUGAUUCCUGAAUACGCGCUGCGCCCCAUAGCGGCACAGGUGCUCCGAGCUCUGGCAUACCUCGAAGAGUCCAAAGUAGUUCACAAUAACUUAAAUGGCAGCAACAUUCUUGUACAGGAAUCUGGAGUUGUCAAGUUAAUUGGCUUUGGAAUGGCAUGGGACCUCUCUGGCAGCGAGGCGUUCUAUUUAGGAGUAGGAUCCUAUGGAGAAACUCGCCACCAUAUCAAUCCACCGGAGCUGCAGGACGACGCUCGCGUACGCGUGACCUGCGUAGUUGACACUUGGCACCUGGGAGUGUUGCUAUUCAUGCUCGCUACUGGUAGCCAACCAAUCACAUCGAAUAACGCAUCCAGGCCCGGCUCUCCCCACGCCGGAGAAACCCACCGAGAUUACUUGCGAGCAGUAGAGGAUGGGAGUGCACUACUUUGGAAUGAGGCAUACAUGGACCUGUCGUUCGAACUCCAAGAUUUUAUCACUGCUGCUUUAGUGCUUGACUACAAAAGGCGAUCGACUGUUGACCUUAUGCUGAAGGACGAAUGGUUCACCAAAACUCCUGGAUACGAGUACACUAACUGGGUAUUUAACAAGAAGCCAGAGAAUUGUGAACCAAACGAUGCCUCACUGCUACAAGCGAGUCACAUCACCGACCUUCCUCGGGACGUGAUCAGGAACAUCGUGCUCACUGAACCGGGCUCUUUGGUCACUCUGGUCUACAACACCAUAGAGAAAGGACGCAUCUUGCAGGAAUUCGAGGAAGAGAGACUCGCCAGGAAGCGAAAAGUCAAGGGCGUGGCUCAGCCUGGUCAGGCCCAGCCCGACCAGGACUGGAAAGACAAGCUCGCCCAGCAGGUUCCUAAUUUACUCAAUGCGCACCCUGCUGCUGUUGGUCCAGCCCCACUUGGGCAGCCGCAGCCAGUCCUGGACUGGGAGGACGUGCUCUCAGCUUACUGCGCAGGGAUGUUUGCCAAGGACAUUGGAAAGGGUCCGGCAGCCGCAUUUGGCCAGGCUCAGACAGCAGCAGCAGCAGCCGGUGUACAGGGUAGAGGACAAAGGGUUCAAGUGGGUGAAACAGUUUUCUGGAGACCGUCAGGAGCCACUUCGCCUUGUUAUGAGGUACUAGAGGAAAUAGAUCGAGAGGCGGUGAGAGCCAAAGAGGCUUUGAGGUAUGAAGAGGAGUUGAGAGCCGAAGAGGAGUUGAGAGCCGAAGAGGCCGCCAGGAGAGAGUCAGAAUUGGAUAAGAGAAGAGGCAGCAGAAAACGAAGCAUGUUCGGCCGUAAGCAGAGUUCUGGUCCAGGCGGGAGAAGUAUGAGCAUGAAGUCCAGCAAGCCAGCGUACGAGUCAAUAGACGAACGCCCAGAUUUCAAUGAAGUGGCAAUUCGGAUCGGUGACCAUGGUCGAGUGACACAUGAGCAAGAUACAUGCUGUCAGGCCAUUCCCCUCACGAAACACGAACAGAACCCGGACGAGAAAGAGGAUUCCGUUGAACCCGACCCCUUGGAGGAACUGUGACGGAAAAGUAACGGGGACGAGUCGGACACAAAUAUGGUGCUUUCCAGGGCACAUAGAACCAGUGUAACGCUUUUAACCUUCCUUCUCCUGCUCACUUCUAAACCCCCUUCCCCACCUCAGCCACCCGCACUCCCUCGUUAUCUCUUGCUCGCUAAACAGAAAUAUAACGAUACAUGUACUUAGCUGCGCCUGGAGCUGCUUGAAGCUGAGAAUGUGACAUUGACAAUGGCAGCGGCAAUUGUCAAGAU